CCCGGCAAACAUCGGUACUACCAACUAGAAGAGAGUCUCUCUCACAUGGCUCCCUCCAGCUCCAUCUUUCUAUCCCGCGCGAUCACCAUUUUGCGGAACUCGUUCACCUCCAUCUCCGUAUCCCGCGCGACUACCAUUCUCCGCAACACCCUCGAAUGCCUCUUCAGCUUCGUCCUCCUCCGCGACCUCGUCCUCUGCCUCCUCUUCCUCUACUGCGGCCUCUCCCCGACCACCGUCCGCCUCGACGAACGCACCUCCGUUCGUCUCUGGGCCCCCAUCCGUCCCCGCCGCCGCAAGCCGAGCCUCGUACUCAUCCACGGCUUUGGCGGCAACGCCCGCUGGCAGUGGGAGCACCAGAUCCGUCCUCUCUCCAAGGCCUUCAACGUCUACGUCCCAGAUCUGAUCUUCUUCGGCGAUUCCUCUUCCGAUGGCGACGAACGGUCUAUUGAGUUACAGUCGCGAUGUAUGGCGGAAGCUCUAAAGAAGGUUGGAUUGGAAAGGUAUUCAGUUUGCGGGAUUAGUUAUGGCGGUUUUGUGGCGUACGGUAUGGCGAUGGUUCACGGGGAGGAGGCGAUUGAGAAGGUGGUGAUUUUAACGGCUGGGAUCUGCGCGACGGAGGAAGAGAGGGAGGAGAUGAAGAAGAGGAGGAAGGGUGAGAGGGAUAUUAUUGAGAUUCUGAUGCCGGAGAGGGCCGAGGAUUUAAGGGCUCUGAUGAGGCGAUCGAUGCAUAGGCCACCGUGGAUCCCAGAUUUCGUGCUGCAGGAUGUUAUCCGGGUGAUGUACAAAAAGUAUAGGAAGGAGAGAAUGGAAAUGCUGAAGGAAUUGCUAUCCAGGAAAAUAGAAGGAGAUAGGCUUCCCGUUCUUAAUCAGGAAACUCUCAUUAUUUGGGGUGACAAGGACGAUGUGUUCCCAUUAUCCAUGGCCCAUCGAUUAAAAAGGCAUUUGGGAAAAAAAUCAAGGCUCGAGAUCAUCAAGGACGUUGGUCAUGCAGCUCAGUUGGAGAACCCUCGGAUGGUCAAUGAUCUGAUCAAACGGUUCAUAUUGAAUUCACAUUAACCAUGCAUGGAGAUGAAGAUCCAGUAAGAAGAAUCCCUCCCAUGCAAGAUCCAAUCUGAUGUUCGAUUGUAUUGUAUCUUCCAUAUACCAGCAAUAAACAUCUAUCAACAUAAAAGAGAAACGAUCAA